GGAGGUUGAACCGCCACCGGCGGUGGGGGUAGCAGCUGUCGUGAGAGAAGCGGCACCGGAGGUGAGGUUUCUGUAAGAUUUUCGCCUAGCUUGCGUUUCUUUAAUGGAUGCUCCGCCCCAGCCAUGGCGCUGAAAGAGAGAAGUGGGAAUCCUGUUUGGGGGGAUUGCGAAGUGACCCCCUUACCGUUCUUCUGAGGCGACAACCCACCAGCACAGACUUUUCGCUUGUGCCGAUUGUAUAUCUGAUGGUAUGGAAUUUUGUCAAACUUCAGCAAUUCCUCACAGCCUUGGCACUGCACAUUACCUUUUUGGAUGUCAAAUCUGCUCUUUUGGUAUACGCCCAUGAAGACAGAGAUCCAUCCACUAUUAACAUUCAAGCUAAUGUUGUGAUAAAAUCAACGUCUGACUUCUGAGGUGUAUGUCGAUACUCUCCAAAAUCUACCCAAAGCCAGAUUCAUGGACUUGUUUGACAGCAAAUACAUUCGUUCUGUAAUUAUUGGUGUUGGAUUGAUGGUGUUCCAACAAGCAAUUGGGAUCAAUGACAUUGGUUUCUACUCUAGCGAAACCUUUUCGGCAGCUGGACUUACCAAUGGACACAUUGGGACUAUUGCCUAUGCUAUUGUGCAGGUACCCAUUACUGUCAUUGGGGCAAUGUUGAUGGAUAGAUCCGGAAGACGACCACUUAUGGUGUCCUCAAUAGGAACUUUCAUUGGCUGCUUUCUAACAGUAGCUUCUCUCUAUCUAAAGUAUGUUCCUUGAUUAUGUUCCAGUACUAGCUAUAUCUGGUGUACUCAUUUUCAAUUGGAAUGGGAGCGGUUCUCUGGGUUCUAAUGUCAGAGAUAUUCUCUAUUCAUGUAAAGGGUGCUGCUGGAAGUUUGGUUCUUCUGGUGAACUGGUUAGGUGCAUGGGCCGUCUCUUACACCUUCAACUCUAUGAUGGAAUGGAGUCCCACUAGCACUUUCAUGAUUUACUUCGUGGCUGGCUUGCUUACAGUGCUGUUUGUGGCAAAAGUUGUGCCAGAAACCAAGGGAAAAACACCUGGAGGAAAUCCAGGCAACCAUCAGCUUCUGGUGUACAAGCUAACCCAUAAAUGAAGAGAACUAUUACUAAACAACACUUCUACAGCACUUGAGGCUAGCCGGUACCAUGAUCAUGAGAUGGAUUCAAAGAUUGGGUUUAAUGCACCAAACCCCCCUGUGAUUUGGAAAUUCGGCGCAUUACCCCCUGUGAUUUAAAAAAUGCAUCAAACCCCCUUGUGUUUUAAUUAAUCAUGCACAGAACCCCCUUUAUGAAUAAAUUUAACGAUUUGAAAAUCACUUUUCCUAAUAUUUUGAUUGAAUAUGCAAAUAAAUAUGUCAAAAUUUCUGAAUCAUACAAAAAUGUUAAUCAUUUUUCUUUUAUUUGACAAUUGAAUUUGUUCACAUAAGGGAUUUGGCGCAUGAUUAAUUAAAACACAAGGGGGUUUGACGCAUUUUUUAAAUGACAGGGGGCUAAUGCGCCGAAUUUCCAAAUCACAGGGGGGUUUGGUGCAUUAAACCCUCAAAGAUUUGAAGAGCCAAAAGCAGUUCGCUCCGAACACGGAAGUGUUACAAAAGAUGUUUGUAUCAGGUAGCUAAAACAGUAGAUCUAUACCAAUAUUCUGCUAUUAUACGGUUUGGAGUAUAAUCACCUUUGUAGCCAAUUAGCAGUAUGGUUUAAUUUUUAAAUAAUUAUUUUGUUCAAAAGAAAUCAACUAUCAUCAUUUACCAUGUCUAAUUCAAAAAUGCCUAAAUCAUUCGACUUUGUAAAAGUUGUAUACUUCAUUUAACAUACAUCUUUCUUUUUUCUUCCUUUUUAAGGCUAAGAAAUAAUGUACCCUAGACAUUAUGCACACAAGUUAUGUGUACC